AAUGACUGCGUUUCAUUUAUAAUAAUAGACUUAUUUAAAAAAAAAAAAAAAUCCUAGUUGCUUUGCUCUCUCAAAAAAAAACCAGUUGCUUUGCUCUAAAACCCUCGUAUUUCUUCCUAUUUAGUCAUUAGUACCUGGAAAAUCACCGCCUAUAAAUUCUGUUACACAACAACAACAUCCCUCCAACCAAACUACUCAUUACUCUCUACUCUACAGUCGCUACUAACCGCCGCCGCCGCACCACCACCACCUUCUCCGGCGCCGGCCUCAACAGCUCCACAUAACUCGACCCAAAUGGCUUUCCCAGUCUUCACCCGUAUCCGCUUAGCCCAACCCACCGACGUUCCCCAAAUCCACAAACUGAUUCACCAAAUGGCCAUAUUCGAACGCCUAACUCACCUCUUCACCGCCACAGAAGCCUCUCUCUCCUCCGUUCUCUUCAAAUCACCACCAUUUCAGUCCGUCACCAUCUUCAUCCUCGAGGUCUCAUCACAGCCCUUCAUCAUCGAAGAAGAGGAGGACUUAAUAAACAAUUCUCCUCCUCUCUAUCAGCCCAAAUUCCAGACCGCCAAUCUGGACCACCCGAUCGCCGAAGACCCAGAAAUCGAGACCUUCAAAUCGCUAAACAGCGGCGAUAAUGUUGUGAUUGGUGGAUUUGCUCUGUUCUUUCCGAACUACUCGCCGUUUCUGGGGAAACCUGGGUUUUAUGUAGAGAAUUUGUUCGUGAGAGAGCGUUACAGGAGGAAUGGAUUGGGGAAAAUGUUGUUGAUUGCGGUGGUGAAGAAGGCUGUGGAGAUGGGUUGUGGAAGAGUGGAGUGGGUGGUGCUUGAUUGGAAUGUGAAUGCGAUUAAGUUCUAUGAAGAAAUGGGAGCUCAGAUUCAGCAUGAUUAUAGGUUUUGUAGACUUACUGGGGAUGCUUUCCAAGCUUAUGCUUCUACUAAUUAAUUGAUUAAGAUGAAUUUAAUGAUAUAUAAUGGUAGGGGCCACAUUCCAUAUUAAA